ACACACACACACACACACACACACACAGUCUGACUUUUCUCGUACAUUCCAAACCAUGCCUGGAACAUCUCCUGUCGCUCUCAUCCUCGGUGCGGGUCCCAAAGUCGGUCUGCCAGCCGCAAAGGCCUUUGCUUCGAAAGGCUAUAAGGUUGCAAUCGCAGCCCGGUCGCUGAAGGAGGUGGACAGCACAGACAAUCAACUUCACAUCAAAAGCGACUUCGCCAACCCUGACGAUGUUGUCCAAGCCUUCACAAAGGUUAGAAAGGAGCUGGGAAUCCCAAGCGUAGUCGUCUACAACGCCGGCGCCGCGACAUUCGCUCCCCCCAACGACCCCUUUGCGAUCCCGUUGGAUGCUUUCAAGCGAGACAUGGCCGUCAACAACACCAGUGUUUUUGUCGCUGCCCAACAGGCCGUCCUCGGCUUCGCGGAGCUCCCUGCCCAUGCGCCAAGGGUAUUUAUGUUCACGGGGAACAUUCUAAACGUCACACCCCUCCCGCAGUUUCUGGAAUCGGGCGCUGGCAAGUCAGCGUCUGCGCAUAUGAUGAUGGCUGCUGCCGCUGAAUACAAAGAGAAAGGAUUCAAAUUUUAUUAUGUUGAUGAACGGAAGGCGGACGGCUCGGCCGCUUUCAAGAUCGAUGGAGAGGCACAUGCCAAGCUCUUCUGGGAGCUCACAGAGGCGAAGACGCAGGGUCCGUGGUUGCAGACCUUCGUCAAAGGCGCGGGAUAUAAGGACUUCGGCCCUUAUCGACUAUAGUGUUGUCUUUUCAUUAGUAGUCUUUUUAUUAGUAAAAUCUUCUUAUGAAUAGUCUUCCCAUUAGAAGAAUCUUUGCAAGACAGAAUAUGGCUCUCUGAAGCCCUCCGU